CACCCGGUGAUCUCCAAGUAUUACCGAUGGGGGAGAGACCUGUAUGUAAACAAUACAAAUCUCUCCCACCAGCUCCUGCACACUGCUUUGUAUGGCUCUGCAGAGCCAUACAAAGCAGUGUGCUUACAGUGUAAAGCACACACAGCCCACAUAGCAAAACAGCACACAGCACACAGUUAACCCUUUGAUCGUCCCACAUGUUAACACCUUCCUGCCCAGUGCCAUUAGUACAGUGUCAGUGCUAUUUAUUAGCACUGAUCACUGUAUUGAUGUCACUGGGGAUGUCAGUGACACCAAGUCAGUUCCCCCCCAUGUCAGAAUGCCCACCGCAGUCCCGCUAU